CUUCUGUGCAUUCGGUCAUAGAUGCGGUGUGUCUCUCCAAAGUGCUUGCAGAUGUGCUCGUGCGUUGCGCAUCGAUAUCCCAUCCUUUCCCUCUUGGGCCCGACUUUAUUUCACGAUCAGUUCAUCGGACUUAAAAAAAAUGGUCAAGGAUUGCUGAUCAGCAACCUGCUGCCAGCAGCCAUGAGACAAGCCCUUGUUGUUUCAGCGCCCUAGUCCGGUACGUACUUCUCCAUUUUACAGAAGUCCGAAGCAGAUAUAUUUAGGAUGAGACUUCGCUUGGAGUCGACUAAGAUCAGAUGUCAGUACCACUCUGGAGACCAUGGACGCUUAAUGC